AUGCCCCAGGAGCCUCAAGCCUCGAAGCUUGAUAGCUCCACUAUCCAUCCUUUGUCGAGCGGAACCCCCCUAACUCCCCCAGGCAACGCCAUCGCCCGCGAAGAGCUAUUCACCUACACCAAUGGCCAUUUCCUCAUCGACGAAGAAACCCAGCUCCGUCGACGAUACCUGAAAUUCAACAUCGAAGCUCUCUGCGAUCUCGCUGCGACAGCCGGGGUAAAUCCAUCCCCGAUCCGAACGAUUGAGAAGCUCGAGGGAGGGUUCAGCAAAGCCCUGCUGCUGACGAAGGAGAAUGACGAGGAGGUUGUUGCGAAGCUCCCGUAUCAUAUCGCGGGACCAGCCUCCCUGACUGUCGCUUCUGAGGUCGCGGCUCUGCAGUAUGUUAAGAAGUAUACGCGUAUCCCCGUUCCAGGAGUGCUCUCCUGGUCCUCGGACAGUUUGAGCCCGAUCGGAGCCGAGUACAUCAUCAUGGAGAAGGCGGCAGGGGUUCCGCUGUAUGAACGAUGGGAGGGGAUGGCGGAGAUCGAGAGGUUGGGGCUGAUCCAGGAUCUGGUGAAGCUUGAGGCGCAACUACCAUGUGUUGCGUCAGCUAACCGACCUCCAGGGCGAACUUUAUCAGACCUGGGAAAGUCAACCCCCCGGUUACCAUUCCACCAAGGUAGCAUUCAAGAGCAAACCCAGCUCUUAGAAGCUGCAAUGAGUGUAUUCCAGCAGAUCGACUCGCACCCAUCAAUCGGCCAAUCGGCCCAGCCUACACUAUGGCACACGGACCUCCACAUGGGAAACAUCUUCGUAGCUCCGGACGAAAGCUCGAGAAUCGUCUCCCUGAUCGACUUUCGGUCCCUGUCCAUCCACCCUCUAUUCCUUCAAGCCCGAUGGCCAGUCUUUCUCAAGCCCCCAAUAGACUAUCCAAAGGGUUUUGUGAAGCCCACACUCCCAGACGGUUUCACUUCCCUCGACGAAGAAAGCCAGGCAGCUGCUCUGCAGGAAUUCUCCCAGGCCAAGCUCGCCAAAGCAUACGAAGUCGCCAAAUUCCUCGACGACCGCGUCGCCCACGACGCGAUGGUGAACGUUGUGCCCCGCGUCUUUCGGGAGUUGUUCGUCCGCUGCGGCGAAGUCUCGGAGGUGGGAAUCGUGCCGCUGCGCGAGAGUCUGCUUCAGAUUUUCCAGAACUGGUCGGCGUUGGACUUCACUAGUGAAUGCCCUUAUUCAUUCAGCGAUGAAGAAACCCGUCAGCACGAACGCCAAUAUGCAGAGUAUCAGGCGUGGAAUGAUGUCCAGCAACUCGCGAUGGAGUGCCUCGACACCGACGCCGAAAAGUGGAUUGCACCGCAGCUGGAUAUCGCCGAGAAGCGGAGGCAGAAUCGGGAGCUGCUGGCGAUGUGGACCGAGCGAGCAGCAGCCGAGGAAAGAUCCCCGGAUGAGGCAAGAGCCAUGUGGCCGUUCCCGGAGUCAUAA